UAGUUACAACAUUAAUAUACAUACGCAAAACAGUUCGAAGCAGCUGCUGACGAAAAAUCAAUAAAAUCUGCAAUAUGUUGGCCCAGUCACAAACUUUUGUGUUGAGAGUGCUGUUUAGAAUGUUUUUGCUCUUGAGCGGAGGUUUCGUUCAAGUGCAUUGCUACGAAACAAAGGAUAAUCCUCUUUCGGAUGUUUUUCUAUCCGAGUUACUAAAUCGCAUGGCAAAGGAUAUACAAGUGGGCUAUUAUGAUGUAGACGAUGGCAAUAUGGCUUCUCCUGUUAUUGACAACGAUAACGUGGACUUAGUGUCUCGCUCGGAAUAUGCCAGAUUGUGUGGCAGUGAUAGUAGAAACGCCGACUGCAUGCUACAAGCGUUGGCUCCAAAUCCUAAUCCUUCUCUAAGAGACCAGGAAUUCUUACAGCACAGCUCUCUGUGGGGUCAUCAGUUUGUUUCAGGUGGCAUGGGCGAGAUGCCCAACCGUUAUAACACAAUUGUGAAAACAGACGCUAGUCUACCCGCUUACUGCAAUCCACCAAAUCCCUGUCCGGAGGGCUAUGAUGUUGAGACACAGGGUGCAAAUUGCAUUGUUGAUUUCGAAAACACUGCAAUCUUUAGUCGGCAGUUUCAGGCAGGACAGGAGUGCACCUGUGAUAGUGAACAUAUGUUUGAUUGCAGUCAAGAUGGGGUUGAGUCCGUCAAAGAUGAGGAUGAACUGGUUGAGCAAUUUCUUCGCCAGUUUGGUCACGAAAAUUCCGUCAAUUCAAAUGGCAACAAUUUGGUAAAGAAGGCCGGAGGUGUUUAUGAAAUGCCAGAUCCACGGAUAGAAGCCGUUAUAAAUCCAUUCUUAGAGGGAGAUCGCUUGCCCAUUGCAGCCAAAAAAGGCAACAUGCUUUUCCAUUAAAAAAAUCAGUUGCAUCAUCAGAAAAAUGUUUUCGAUGUUGAGUGUCUAAUCAAUAUUAUAUUCAUAUUAACAGAAAAGAGUUAUUUCUUCACGUUGCCACAUGGACAGAGGCUAACCACAAGUCACUAAGAAGAAAAAAAACUAUUACAACACAAAAUAAAUAAAGUUAUCCAC